GCCAUUGGUUGCCGAGGCGCCUUGUGCGGUGCGGACGACGACGCGCCGGACGCCGUCACACCGACCGCGCAACGUAGCGCAGCAGGCUUUUUUAUGCCUCUCUCUCUCUCUCUCCUGCGGGCGGUGCUGCUGCUGCGAGGCGACGGGUGCGCGCUCACAGUCGGUAGAAGGCAGGCAGGCGGGCGAUGCGCCGAUCUGGCAGCAGGCGGACGGCUAGGUAAAUGUGGCGCUCCGCGCUGCCAUCAUGGUCAUGUCGCCGAGGGCGCCGCGCAGCCGCAAGCUGAGCAGGCUGGGACGGGCGGGAUCUGGUGGAUAGGAGAUACCUACGUGCACGUCGCUCGUUCUCGCGCGGGAUGGUUACUAGUUUAGGUAGCUAGCCUGCCUGGAGAAAAGAGACCGGCGAAGAAGAAGAAGCACCCUUGGCGGUGGCACAGAAGCAGGCGUGACACGGCCUGCCAAUAGUAAAACCACAACGGUUCAAUGGGCUGCCAUCACU